AAUCUUUUAUGUGGCACCAUGGUGAAUCCUCUCCUAAAAUCAAAACGUGCUACUGUAUAUCCACUGGUUCCUCUUUAUCUGCUCUGCUGGGAAUAUCCUUAAAGAAGUCUUAUAAAUUUAGUUUCAGAAUGACCUUUAAUUUCACAAAUCCAUCUGGAGGCUUCACAUUUCCAACACAGAAGACCACUGCGGGUGGCACGGGUGGAUUUUCUUUUGGCAGCAAUGCUGGAGGUUCUCAAGGAGGCUUUGGCUUUGCAACAGCACAACAGCCAGCAGCCACAGCAGCUGCUACCACCUCGGCCCCAAAUGCCAAUAUGUUCUCGUUCACCACCCCAACUGCAGGGGCAACUUCGUCCACUGGAUUUAGCCUCCCGGUACAGCCAGCAGCAACCACCGCAGGUGGAGGCUUCUCACUCGGAAUGAAUAAAACAAAUCUAGUAUUUGGCAGUGCAACAACCCAACCAGCGUCUAGCUUCUCCUUUGGUGGCAUGCCAGCCGCGAGUGCUGCAGCUGCAGCCACCUCCACCUGCACUGCCACCACCUCUGCCUUCUCGCUAUCCUCUGGAUCGACUGCCCAGACCCUGGCUCCAACAGGCUUCAGUUUCGGCACUGUCUCAGCGCAGCCAGCUACGGGGAGCUUUGGACUCAGUGCCUGCUCCACAGCCCAGACAACAACUUCCACUGGAUUUGGAUUUACCGCUGCUCUGGGUGCUCCAACCCAGACGACUGCAGCAGGGGGAUUUGGCUUUGCAACCAGCACAACACCAGCACUCAGUGGGUUCAGGUUUGGCACUCCGGCAAGUACCACAGCAGCCCCCAAACCAGCAGCACCACUUUCUCUUGGAGCAGCAACAGGUUUUGCUUUUGGUUCAUCUACAACUGUAUCAAGUGCUGCCACAUCAGCUUCUACAACACAGAGUUUUUCUUUUGGUGCAAAGCCAGCAGCAGGCUUGACCACAGGAGCUUCAACUUGUUCACCUGCAGCAGGGUCAUCUCUAUUUGCUUCAGUGGUGAGCUCGGAACCUUCCACCUCUUCAGCGACUACUGGAUUUGCAUUGACAAGCUGCACCACUUCAGUUCCAACUGCCUCUACAGUUUCUGCUCCAUUUGGGUUUAAGCCAACAGGUGCAGCCUUGCCUGUGACUACAGCUACAACCUUGGCUUCCACCACCUCUGCUGCUGCCACCACAAGCACUGGAUUUUCACUGGGCCUGAAGACGCCAGUAAGUUUCUCCAUGACACCAGGUCCGUCUGGGACAACUACAAGUGUGAGUACUGCAGCAACAGUAACCACCACUACUGUUUGCACCACUGCAACCACCAGUGCAGCCACCAGCAGUGCUGCAGUUACAACCAGUGCCUCUCCAGUUAUGUCAUAUGCUCAACUGGAAAGUCUGAUCAAUAAGUGGAGUGUGGAGCUGGAAGACCAAGAGAAACAAUUCCUGCAUCAGGCCACACAAGUCAAUGCCUGGGAUCGAAUGCUGAUCGAAAACGGAGAAAAGAUUACUGCUUUACACCGAGAGGCAGAGAAAGUGAAGCUGGAUCAGAAGAGGUUGGACCAAGAGCUUGACUUCAUCCUCUCUCAGCAGAAGGAACUGGAAGACCUGCUGGCGCCGCUGGAAGAGUCAGUCAGGGACCAUCAUGGCACCAUUUAUCUGCAGCACGCAGAUGAAGAACGAGAGCAUACAUACAAAUUGGCAGAGAAUAUUGAUGCUCAGUUGAAGAGGAUGGCCCAGGAUCUGAAGGAAAUUAUCCAACAUCUGAACACCAGCAACAGCUCUUCUGAAAUCAAUGAUCCAUUGCAACAAAUCUGCAAAAUUCUUAAUGCCCACAUGGAUUCACUGCAGUGGAUUGACCAGAGUUCAGUCUUGCUGCAGAAGAAAGUGGAGGAUGUCUCAAAGCAAUUUGAAGUGCGGCGGAAGGAGCAGGAACGAAACUACAGAAUUACAUUUGACUAGACACUGAUAUUUCACUGGCUGCAAACACCUGUACCUUUUAUCAGCUUUUUUUAAAUAAAGAAUAUCAUUAGCA